GUCCCCCCCUCCCCUCCCAGUCGGACGGACGGAUGGACAGGGGCUCCGGUCCGUGUUGACGUAGAGGUCAGGUGACCGCUUCCUCUGACGGGACUCUUAUAAGGAGCUUUGACAUGUUGAGCUCAGUUUCCCCCCAAACUUUGGAUUUCAACUUCAGCACAGAGAGAGAAAGAGAGAGAGUCCGUUCAGAGAGACGGAGACUGUCCCUGUGGACCAUCUUCUCCCUCUUUUCCUUCUUCUUCUUCUCCUCUCAAACUUUCCAGCUGACUCUCUCUGAGGAUGGGUGACUGGAGUGCUCUGGGUCGUCUUCUGGACAAGGUCCAGGCAUACUCCACAGCUGGGGGGAAGGUGUGGCUGUCGGUCCUCUUCAUCUUCAGGAUCCUGGUCCUGGGCACGGCGGUGGAGUCGGCCUGGGGAGACGAACAGUCGGCCUUCAAAUGCAACACCCAGCAGCCCGGUUGUGAAAACGUGUGCUACGACAAAUCCUUCCCCAUCUCGCAUGUCCGCUACUGGGUGCUACAGAUCAUCUUUGUGUCCACGCCCACCCUCCUUUACCUGGCCCACGUCUUCUACCUGAACAGGAAGGAGCAGAAGUUCAACAGGAAGGAGGAGGAGCUUAGAGCUGUGCAGAAUGAUGGAGGCGAUGUAGACAUCCCUCUGAAGAAACUUGAGAUGAAAAAGUUAAAAUAUGGCAUUGAGGAGCACGGCAAAGUGAAGAUGAAGGGCGCUCUGCUCAGAACCUACAUCUUCAGCAUCUUCUUCAAGUCCAUAUUCGAGGUGGGCUUCCUGGUGAUCCAGUGGUACAUGUACGGCUUCAGCCUGGCUGCUGUGUACACCUGUGAGCGGGCGCCCUGCCCCCACAGGGUGGACUGUUUCCUGUCCCGGCCCACGGAGAAGACGGUCUUCAUCAUCUUCAUGUUGGUGGUGUCUCUAGUAUCGCUGAUGCUUAACGUCAUUGAACUCUUCUACGUCUUCUUCAAGAGGAUCAAAGACCGCGUGAAGGGCAAACAGCCGCCCACCCUCUACCCCAGCGGGGGCACCUUGAGCCACACCGCUAAGGAACUGUCCACCGCCAAGUAUGCCUACUACAACGGCUGCUCCUCGCCCACCGCCCCGCUGUCACCCAUGUCUCCCCCGGGCUACAAGCUGGCCACUGGGGAGCGGGGAACCGGUUCGUGUCGUAAUUACAACAAGCAGGCCAAUGAGCAGAACUGGGCCAACUACUCCACGGAGCAGAACCGGCUCGGUCAGAACGGCGGAGGAAGCACAAUUUCAAACUCCCACGCACAGGCCUUUGACUUUCCCGACGACACCGUCGAGCACAAGAAAAUGUCCUCGACGGCGGGACACGAGCUGCAGCCGCUGGCACUGAUGGACGCUCGGCCCUGCAGCCGGGCGAGCAGCCGCAUGAGCAGCCGGGCCAGACCAGACGAUCUGGACGUGUGAGUCCUCUUCGUCCUCCUCCCACCUCCACCUGGCUCAGCCUGAGAAUCAGGAAACACUCGUCGAAGAGGAGGAGGAGCUAACCUCGUUCACUGUCGUCAGCAUAGAGACUCUUAGUCGAUCAGAGAGACAUUAAAACCUAUAUGUAACACUGUCAAAGGUACAAGUUGCAAAUAUUUGUUCAAUGACUUUUACCGUAACACUUAGUGGAGCUAACCAGCUUUAAGAGAACACAACAGAUACAAGAGGGUUCAAGGGACUGACAGAAGCAGCCAUAGUCGGUUCAACAACAGAGGACCAUCCAGUUUGAGUGUGAAUGAAAGGUUCCUUUAACGGAAAGUUCUGUGUAGUUUCUAAUCCUCUGUCAUCUGGAGACAACGUUUUACUGACCACUGUCAGAGCUGAGACCUGAAUGAGAGGUGACAUAUAAAACAGGGGGCCUUCUUACUCGUGUCGUCUUAACAUCUGAGCAGGUCAAAUGUGUCCUCUGUGUUCAAACACAUUCCUUUGUAUCCCUGUUGUUCCCUGAGCAUGGUGCCUGUGCAGUAUACUAACACCUGAAAGAAGGGUCUAGGAGGGCGAGGAACAGGUUAGGUGCCUGACAACAUCACAGGCAGUUUUUCAUUAAAGAGUAAGAUCAAUUUAUCCACGUGGAGCAGUCGCACAACGCCCUUUUCAACAACAGCAGACUCCUCUUCAUGAUACACAGGAGCUGGUGAUGUACUGCUGCCUUUAGUGUUGGUUCAUUUGUGGGAAUUUGGUGUUUUGAUUGGUUUCUUCGUUGAUCCAUUCAACACAAAAAAUCCACCACUUGAGGCAGCGGUAGACCAACGACUCCUGCGAGGUGAACUCUGUGCUGUCUGGUGUCUCUGCAGAGAGCGACGUGACUGCUGUUUCAGGUUUAAAGGUGUCUCUGUGGGAUCCUCUCUGUCAUGUUGUCAGACACUUUCAUCAGAUCUGUGGAUUAUGUUGCAUCCAUCACAGCCUGAAAAAAAACUACUUUCUCUGCUUUUAGGAUCCUAAAGUUUGCAGAAAAGAGCCCAAGUUUAUGUUUUUAGAAUUCCUCUUUAAAGCUGUGUGUCUCUCAUGGAUGAAGCUGGUGAUAAAACAUCUUUAGAACCAUCAAGAGAAAUGGCUAAAAGUCUGAAAACCAUCAAAUCAAACCCAGAUAUUCAGAAGGUAGAAGAUGUUCUGGUUGAAGUGGAGUUGGAUGAAGUUGGCCACCCUUACGUUUUGUGUAAUUGAGCUGCAUUAAUGCUGUAUUUUCUUCUUUUUCACAUUAUUUUCUAAUCCCACUUCUCUGUUAAAUCCCAUUCGGGUCAAAUCAAAGACAGGAUUUCUUUUCAUGUGACGUUCAGUGAAAGUUUUUGGGAGAGUUCCCACUCAAAGUUGAGGAUUUACAGCCCGGCUUGUGUGGGACGCGCACCACUAAGAAUAAGAAUCGACUACUGUCCAGUAGAAAACAUUUGACAUUAACUCCCCACAAACUGUAUAUUUAUUGACAGUUUUUUAAAGUCAGUCAGUGAGGACUGGUGUUUCCUGAUAAACUUUGAAUUUAUGUGCUGUUCUGUUUCAUUUUGUGGUUGUAUUUUUGUUUUUUGAGGCGGGGGUGUGUGUGAGGGUCUGUUUGGGUCCCGUAAAGAAAGGCUUUAUUACUGUCAUUGAUUGGACAAGUGUGAUCUCCUUUUGUAUCUCGUCGGUGGUGAAGAGAAACAGUAGAAUGAUUUCUUGUUUUCAUAUUUGAGUGAAUGAUUUUUGUAGGAUGUUUUUCAGUCUCGAUGUAACCGUUGCUGCUUGAGAAGUAGAUAUUUAGUACUGUAAAUCAAGCUAACUGUGUCACGAUGAAAAUGUGAGUUUGUAGAAGACUGCGUAGAGAUCUGGACUAAUAUUUAGUCAGUUUUAAUAAUGCCAAUGUAGCUCCACAAAAACCAAACUUUAGAUAAAUCUCAACCCGGGCUUUUUUUUUUCAUUUUAUUGUACUUUUAUAAACAUGUGCAUCACCUUGUCGGUACUUACACGGAUCUUUCAGCUACGAUGGCGUUUGCACUGAGAUCUCGGUGAUAGAGAUGUAAUAUGAUGUUACUAAUUUAUUUUAUAACACAAUCACUACAGUGCAGACUAUCAGACAUCACACCACUGGUUCUUCUGGUUAUUCUUCCACUGACAGAACACACCAUGUAAAUCCACGGGGAUCCACUGUUGUACAGUGCAAGUGCAUGACAGCAGAACAACAACUCAUUCUUUGUAUCUGUGAAAAACAUUUUAACCAAUAAAUAUUUUCUGUCCUA